UCCACUUUAAUGCCUACUUGCAGUAGGACAAGACGCAGGCAAGUUUAAACCUCUGUCCACUCUCUGUUAUCAAUCAGAAGAAAUAUGCGGUGCUACCUGUUCAAUCCGAGAUGCUUGCUGUUUAUCACCGCAUUCAUUGCAUUUUCCAAUGAUGUGACUUUGGUAUCCGGCGAUGAAUUAGUACCAACACUCGUAAAUGUUCAUGUUUACUACGAAUCACUAUGCGGUGAUAGUAUGAGAUGGAUAAGGGAUCAACUCGUACCCAGUUAUACGUCCUUGAAGAAAUAUCUUAAGAUUACUCUCAUUCCGUACGGUAAAGCAACGCAAACACGCGAGUCCGAAACCGGUCUAUGGCAUUUUUCGUGCCAACACGGAUCUUCCGAAUGCCUUGGUAACAAAGCACAAGCCUGUGCUAUUCAUGCCAUAGAAUCUGAUUAUCAAGAAAAUGAACGACAAGGUCAAAUAGUUAAUCUAAUCGGUUGUACUAUGAGCGAUAGAUAUCCACCAAGUGCUGUUGAAACUUGCGCAACGAAACAAAAUUUGAAGGAAGAAACGCGUACGCGUAUAUCAGAAUGUAUUAAAAGUUCUUUAGCAGACGAUUUGCUUGCUGCUAACGGUGAUAAAACGUGGGCUCUCAAUCCACCGCUUUCAUUCGUUCCAACGAUAAUAAUUAAUGGAGUUUACUCGAAAGAAAAUCAAAAUCUCGCGUUGAACAAUUUCGCGCAAUUAAUUUGCAGCCUUUUAUCCGAUAAUGAAAAAAUUUCGACUUGUUCGACGUUGUAAGUUAAAAAACACAAAAAUAUAAAGAAAAAAAAAAACAGAAAAUACUUACAUACAGUUAAGUUUUCAUGUACGAUGGAAAUAACAGAAAAAAGAUGUAAUUAAAGUUAAACAGAUAUCAUUGUUGUAAUAUUCAAUAUUGUAUACGCAUAUUAUUAUGUAUUUUUAUUUUUCGUAAGAUAUAUAUAUAUAUAUCUACAUACAAGUACACCUAUGUA